GGGCGGGAGGGAGGGGAGAGGAGAGCGAGCACGUCGCGUCGCGUCGCCAAGGGGGCCCGGGCCGAGACACGACACUGAAGCGAGUACAAUGGCGGUGCUGGACCUGGCUCUUCAGGGUCUCUCCAUUUUCGGGCUGAUCCUUUUCAUCAUCCUCUGGCUCAUGCACUUCAUGUCCAUCAUCUAUGGCCGCCUUCAUCUAAACAAGAAGACUUCAGAUAAACAGCCAUACAGCAAGCUUCCUGGUGUAUCUUUACUUAAACCCUUGAAAGGAGUGGACCCAAACCUCAUAAGCAACUUAGAAACCUUCUUUGAACUUGAUUAUCCUAAAUUUGAAAUACUCCUUUGCAUACAAGACCACGAAGACCCUGCAAUUGAUGUGUGUAAAAAGCUGCUGGGAAAAUAUCCAAAUGUGGAUGCCAAAGUGUUUAUUGGUGGCAAAAAGGUUGGCAUUAAUCCCAAGAUAAAUAACUUGAUGCCGGGUUAUGAGGUAGCCAAAUAUGAACUUGUAUGGAUCUGUGACAGUGGCAUUCGAGUGAAACCAGAUACUCUAACAGACAUGACCAAUAUGAUGAGUGAGAAAGUGGGUCUGGUCCAUGGAUUGCCAUAUGUUGCAGACAGACAGGGAUUUGCUGCUACUUUAGAACAGGUGUAUUUUGGCACGUCGCACCCAAGAACAUAUCUAUCAGCCAAUGUAACUGGCUUUAAGUGUGUAACUGGAAUGUCUUGUUUAAUGAGGAAAGAUGUGUUGGAUCAGGCUGGGGGACUUGUUGCUUUUGCUCAGUAUAUUGCUGAAGAUUAUUUUAUGUCCAAGGCAAUUGCAGACAGGGGAUGGAAGUUUGCUAUGGCAAGUCAAGUAGCAAUGCAAAAUUCAGGCAGCUAUUCCAUUUCUCUCUUCCAGUCAAGAAUGAUCAGGUGGUCAAAAUUGCGUAUCAACAUGCUGCCUGCUACAAUUAUAUGCGAACCGAUCUCUGAGUGCUUUGUUGCAAGUUUAAUAAUUGGAUGGGCAGCUCAUCAUGUUUUCAAAUGGGACAUCAUGGUGUUUUUCAUGUGUCACUGCUUGGCGUGGUUCAUAUCUGAUUACAUCCAGCUUAGAGGAAUCCAGGGUGGACCUUUGUGUUUCUCAAAACUUGAUUAUGCAGUUGCCUGGUUUAUCAGAGAAUCGAUGACAAUAUAUAUAUUCUUGUCUGCCCUUUGGGAUCCUACCAUAAGUUGGCGGACAGGUCGCUACAAACUGCGCUGUGGUGGCACAGCUGAAGAAAUUAUUGAUGUAUGAACACCGUGUUCCUGAUUGUAUAAAUGAAGAAAAGUAUUAUGAUUGUACAAAGACUUUUAAAUAGUUCUACAUUCAAUAGUUUUUACUUGUGUAUCCUAGUAUUUUGAGUUAAUUUAUUUGCCUGACACUUGCAGCUGAAAUUAAAACAUAUAACUGGAGGAGCUCUGAAGGCCAAAAAUACAUGUUUCUCUAUCAUCUUGCAAAAUUGUGGGUUAGACAACUAAAAUUAUUAUUUUUAAUAUAAACCAGGUGCAUGCAUGAAAUACAAUUUCUUCAAAUGUUAGGUUUGGAGAUUUUUCAGACAUCAAACGACACUGCACUUGGGUAUAUAUUUAAAAAAAAAAAAGCUUAAAGGGUAAAUGCUAUUCUGAUGCAAACUAUCUAAUGUAAAAUUAUAGUUUAAAAAAUAUUGGGGUGGCUGAUAAACAGGCACUUUUUGGCCUUAAGAAAUGACCAAAAGUGAGGUUAAGUUUGAUAAUUUUAUCUGCAAUCUUCUGGAACAACUGUAAUGGUAAUCUCUGCAUGUGCAUUAGCUUUUAGUUUUUAAUGUUGCUAUUCAGCAGUUAAGUAGCCCUUUUCAAAGAAUCAAAGAAACGAGGCUGCAUACUAUCUUCAGCUCAGAGAAUGAUAAUACAGUUCAAGACAAAAUGCGAUUGGAUGUCUUCAAUUUACAACCUUGCCUUUCGUGUUAGAUCAUUUGUAAAUAUGGAGUAGUCAUUUGCAGAAUGGAAUAAUGUUUAAUAGGUGGGGAGUCCUUGUAUGGGGUUAUAAUUACGACUGCAACACCUAAUUCAAAAUUGUCAAACUGGGUCUGCUAAUGUUAUUUUUAUUAUUGCCAUCUCAAUCUAGACUACAUUAAUGAAGACUCAUUUAGUAUGUGUAGCGUAUUAAUGUUUUUUUUUUGGAAAAAAAACUUGUGCAUGCAGUUGAGUUUCUUCCCCAGGCUACGUGUUGAUGUUUGUAUUCAAAGAAUUGAAUUUACUGAGCUUUUUGUUAUAAUCAAUUGUUGUGGUGAACUAGAUCUGUGAAAAACUGGGGCUGGGGGUGAAAGUGCUCUGUGUAUGCUUGAAAAUGUAGGGGUGAGACUGAGGAAUGUCUAUGCUCUGAACCUUGUGCAGAAUUUGUGUUAGAAUAGGGAUGGAUGGGCAUAAUGUAUAUGUCAUAUAAUAUGACUUUUCAAAUUGAUUUGCCUUCUGAGCAACAACUAAAACUUUGCAUUAUUUUUUAAUAAUCGGUUUACUCAUAAAUCACUGCUGGGCAGUCAGAUCCAUUGUGUAAGUGAUUUUUGUUCCAAGCAGCAUUACGGUGAAUGAUGCACUUUAAGCUCAGACAAUCUGGUUCAACAGUGGCCAGACAAAUUUUAGCUUAUAAUAUUACUGCUGAUGCCACCCGUGCCUCAUUUUUAUUCUAACCGUUACCCUUAUGAUAUCAUUUUAUUGGUUUGAAGGGUCAUUCACAAUAACCAUUGCGCAGCUCAAGUAUAACGUUUUGUAUAUAUGCUCCCACCCCAUCCAUCCACUGGCAUGAAUUGGGUGAAUCCUGAGGAUACUGUCUAGUUGUGAUCCAUUUGUUUUAAGAUUUAAAGUCAUUUGCGCUUUGCUGUUUACUAUUGACCGUGUGUAAUUGUAUGCAAUUGCUUUUUUUAAGCAACUCAAUUUUUGUUAGCCUGACUUGUGCUGAAAUGAGAAUUUUACUUGCAACCUAAUUUAAUGCUGGUUUUUUUCCAUGACAUUUCAGCUGUAAAUUUCAAAACAAACUACAUAGUGGAAGUGGUAAAAAUAAAAUCACUUCUGCAAUUACAAAGCAAUGUGAGGCACCUCUGAAACUGGCUUAGCUGAAAAUGAAGUGUCUCUAAUGCACAAUCUCAUGAUAUUCAUAACUUAUUGAGCCAUUUGUCUAUUUCUAUUCAUUGCAAGAACAAAGCAUACAAAGAGUAAUGUCAACACCAAUAGUGGUUUGUUUCAACUUUGUUAUAAUGUUACGCUGUAUAUCAUCACACCAUCUGUGCUAAAAGGGUCCCAGUAAUUGUGCCUCUCAAAUGGGCGUUUUACAUAUUAAAUAUGAGCCUUGUACAACCCUGGAAUAAUAUGUGGUGACGAAAGUCAUGUAGAAUGUAUCCGCUUUGUCCUUGUUGGUUUAAAUCUGAGAUUGCUAUUAAGUGACCUGACAUUGCCAUGUACAUAAGCAAACACAGAAAAACAAAUGUGCUUUAUUUAAUUGUCAACUUUGCAUUGUGUUCCAGACUCUUCCAUUAAGCGCUUAAUCAGUGAAAAAUUUUGCUUCAGAAGACUAUAUAUUCCGAGAUAUGAAUUGUACAUUCAACUUUUUACUGAAUAAAACUGAUUUGAAUGUAGCUGUAAUGUGAAUAGUUUUUGUAUGAAUUAUUUGUCACUGCUUUAUGAAGUGGUAUAAGACAUAACGUAUAGUGUUCAUGUUUUAAUUGUUAUUAAAAAAAAUCAAGUGGU